AUGGGAGAAAAGUCUUAUGUGAAGCUUACAAGGGAGCAAGAAGCCUCGUUACAAGAUGUCACUCCUGGAGAGCUCAAUCAACCUAUCGAUAUUCACGAGUUGCAUGCUCGUAGAUGCCCAGAAUGUGGGCAGAGUUUACCGGCAUCAUAUGAAUCACCUGCCGAUGAAGAUUGGUCAACUGGAAUAUUUAGCUGUGCCGAUGAUCCUGAUAGUUGCAUGACUGGAUUGUUUUGUCCAUGUGUUUUGUUUGGGCGGAACAUAGAGAACUUGAACGAUGAGAUCCCCUCCAACAAUGCAUGUAUGUGUCACGUGUUAUGUGUAGAAGGUGGCAUGGCUCUUGCUACAAUCAUUGCAUUCGUCCCUGGAAUAGACCCGAGUACAUCGUGUCUGAUUACUGAGGGCCUUUUCUUCGCUUGGUGGAUGUGCGGUAUUUAUACCGGCAUGGCACGACAGUCGCUUCAACGUAAAUAUCACCUAAAGGAUUCGCCUUGUGAUCCUUGUGGGGUGCACUGUUGCUUGCACUGGUGUGCAAUAUGCCAGGAGCACCGCGAGAUGAAGAUGCAUUUAGCUGCAAACGUCGAAGAUACCCUGGUGAGUCCGCCUCGUAUUCAAGAGAUGAAGGCCAUCGAACAGAACAAGACGAAUGCCGAGUCCACCUCUUCGUCUUCAUCUUAUUCUUCCUCUCCUCAAAGAAACAGCGAAGAUGAUACGAGUAUGGAGCUUCAAGUCAUUGAAAGAUGA